AUGAAUCCGAAGCCUACAAUUUAUCACGAAAAACAAGUCAAAGAGCUGUGUGCUCUGCAUGCACUUAAUAAUUUAUUCCAGACUCGGGGAACCUUUUCAAAAUCGGAACUUGAUGCAAUUUGCAGCCGCUUAUCACCAAACGUGUGGAUUAAUCCUCACCGAUCCAUGCUGGGCCUGGGCAAUUAUGAUAUUAACGUGAUUAUGGCAGCUUUACAGAAAAAGGGUUGUGAAGCAGUUUGGUUUGACAAAAGAAAAGAUCCUGGAUGCUUAGAUUUGUCAAACAUUUGUGGAUUUAUUUUGAAUGUGCCAUCAGAUUAUAAGUUAGGAUUUGUUAUGCUACCCUUACGCCGAAGGCACUGGAUUACUAUACGUCAAAUACAAGGCAAUUUCUAUAACCUAGAUUCUAAACUAGAAGUACCACAACUAAUAGGGAGGAGCAGUGAUCUUAUUGCAUAUUUGAAGGAGCAGCUUGAUAGCAAAGAGAAGGAAUUAUUUGUGGUGGUAAGCAAAGAAGUUGAGGAAAAACAACUGUGGAUGCAUCAGUAUGCCCUUCAAAAUUCUCGACAAAACCAAAAUUCAUACAUCGAAAAUAACCAAAUUAAUAACUGUGACAGCCCAGUGGACAGCAUGUCCUCAAUCUCAGCAUAUGAUUACAGAAAUCGAGAUGCUGAGUGCCUCAAAUUGACUGAAGUAAGAAACUGUGUAAUCAGUAGGGAAAAUAAUCUCUAA